AUGAAGAGUUUGCCCAUCUGCAAAGCUGAGACACCCAUGGUGUCAUUUUUCCGCCUGGGUUCACUGUCAGUGUCUAAAUCUCAGCUGAUGAACACUUUGAUCAACGAGCGUCACAACACCUUCUUCCACAGAAACUGCCCAGGUAGCACCAGAUCUCGCCUUUUGAUGGAUGGUGUGGCAGAGAUUGCCUGGUACUGUCCUGCUGGAAAACCCAACGAUGCCUUCACUGACUGCACUGCCUUCUGUAAUCUUCAUGGUGAUGCUCUGUCGAUUGAAAAACAGCGGAAGACACUGACUGAAAAAUCUUCAGUCAAUGUUGUUCUGUUACCAACUCUGAAAAAAGGUGACAAAAGUACUGAAGUUAUCUCAGAUCUUCUUGAGUCUCCAAAGCCUCUGAUUUGUCUCAUUACUGAUAAUGAUUGUGGUGCAGUUCAGAUGAAAAAGGGAAAUUACAAAAUUAGUCUAAAAGACAGAAGCCAGUCAGAUGUUUCUGAAGAACUGAAAAGGAUCAUUAGAGAGAUCUUGUCUGGAUCACAAACAUCCUUCCAGCUUGAAACCAUGGCCGAGGUCUCUGGGAUCAGAGUGGAUGAAGAAGACACAGUCUGCCAAAAAGGGAAAUCUGUUGCUAUGGAAACAGUGAAUUUACUUCAGGGAAUGGAAGUUUCAGAAAUCAAAGAUAGAUUCCUCCCUUGUCAUGGCCGACUGUGGCAUGAGUGGUGCAGAAUAAAAAAAGAACUGUAUCACCUCAAAGGAAACGUUGAGAAGGAGAAAUGUAAAAGGCAACAGGAACUGAUGAAAAUACGAGAAGAACAAUGUGAUGCUUCCUGUAGUGAACUGGUGAAGUUGUUCAUUGAAAGUCUCUCAUCUUUGCCAUCAACAGACAAAGAGUAUUUCCUGAAAUGGACUCAGAUCUUAAUAGACGCCCUCUCCACAGACGAUCUCACGUCAAUUCUCCAAAGCUAUGAUAAGAAGUGGUCUGAGGUCUUGGAUCUGAAGAAGAAACGUGACAAACCUGAUCUGCUAAAAAGAAAACAGACUGAGCUUGAACAAAUAUCAACAAAACUACAGUCAGCAACCUUUGGCUUGGAGCACAUCUUUAGAGAAAUGGGGCAGAUCUAUGAAGCCCAUGAAUCUCUGCAGAAACAAACAAAGAGGGGUUGGACUGACUGGUCUAAAUACCCUGAGCUGGCUGCAGACCUGAUGAUAUCAGGACAUCCCAUGGAGCUGAUGGAUGGUGAUGCAGGUCAUGUGCCUUUGACAUGGAUCUCUAGUCUUUUAGAGGAAGUCAUCAAGAGACUGGGUGACCAGAGAGUGUUUGUGUUGUCAGUUUUGGGCUUACAAAGCAGUGGAAAAUCAACAAUGCUGAAUGCCAUGUUUGGGUUACAGUUUGCAGUGAGUGCUGGCAGAUGCACCAAGGGUGCCUUCAUGCAGCUGAUCAAAGUGUCAGAAGAGAUGAAGAGAGACUUUAAGUUUGACUAUGUGCUGGUGGUGAACACCGAAGGACUGCGUGCUCUUGAAUUAGCAGGUAACGCCGCUCUUAACCACGACAAUGAACUGUUUGCAGUGAGUGCUGGCAGAUGCACCAAGGGUGCCUUCAUGCAGCUGAUCAAAGUGUCAGAAGAGAUGAAGAGAGACUUUAAGUUUGACUAUGUGCUGGUGGUGAACACCGAAGGACUGCGUGCUCUUGAAUUAGCAGAUUUUGAAGGAAGUCGGUUUGAAGUCCCCUGUGACUCUGAUGUAGCUGAUGACAUCCAUGCCAACACGGUUAGGGAACUGGACUUCCUGUCCAUCAGGAAGCUCCACCUCAAAAACACGUCUCCCGCCAUCUUCAGUACAAUCUAA